AUAUACCAAAAUAUACUUUGUCAUAUGUUUUUUGCUGUUUUUUUGCAUUUGCGGUGCUGUGCAAAGUGCAUAAUUAAUGCAAUAUAGGGGCAAUGUGCCCUCCCGCUGGUUGUUUGCGCGUAAUUUGCUAAUCGUCAGUGCUGCUGCUGCUGUCAAAAGCCGGAAAGCCUUCGCCUCGCCACGACCAAACAAGCGGAUGUUGUGUUCUCCGACCAGAAUGACAGACCAGCAGACUUGUGAUUCAUCCUACAUUGCCGGCAGCAGUUCGGUGGCCUUUGUGACCACACCGGACAAGCAGUCGGCCAAGAAGUUGGCGCACGGCAUCAUAGACCGUAAAAUAGCCGCCUGUGUCAACAUUAUACCAAAAAUCGAGUCGAUAUACAUGUGGGAGGGCAAAGUCACCGAGGACGAUGAGUAUCUGAUGAUGAUCAAGACUCGCACGGAGCGCAUCGACGAGCUGAGCAAGUUCGUCCGCGAGAAUCAUCCUCACAGUGUCCCCGAGGUGAUCUCCAUUCCCAUAGAAAAUGGCAAUUUGACCUAUUUGAACUGGAUUGCACAGACAGUGCCGGAACUGAAGAAGAACAAAGACUAAACUAUACCCAAACAUACAAUAUGUAAUGAAUAUAUUUCGAAUUAAACAAAAAAACAAAAACAUUUUCAAAAUAUACCGAGGAAAAAAACGAACUAUGGCCACUUAACCCC